AUUGCGCAAGAAGACAAGUGUUGUUGAGUUCAAGUGUUACAUGUGUCUAGUGUUCUAGCGUGCAUGUCGUUUGAAAAUGAAAUCGUCAACCAGAGUAGGUCAUGUUUCAAUAUCCAUCAAUAGUACUUGGAAAAUGUUAUCAGAACUUGUAUAAAUGUGUUAACUGGCUAACCAGAUUAUCACUAAUGUUACAGUUAGCAAGCUAGCUAACAAGCUAAUGUUGUUAGCCACGGUCCGGCCCACUUGCAGCACAACGGUAGCCUCGUAUGCUUUCCACUGUUUCAAAAUGACCUCGCCUUAUUUCGUUCAGAGUAGCGCGGUCAUCACUCGGAGCGGUAACAAGACCGUGCCCCGUGCGGGUUUAGCCACGACGUUAAAAACUAGGAUGGAGAGGAGAGUGCCGAGCGCUGCUGCUUCGAGGACGCACGUGAAACAGGAGGAAGAGUCGAGCAUCUCAAAUCAGAGUUUGGGACGAGACGCCUCAGGUAUUGGCUCCUCAGGGUUCCAUCGCCCAUCCAUCGGCCAAUCAAAAGCUGAGCCAGAUGAAGCCCCGCCCUUGCUACCCCUGGCACCCAUCCAGCGUAGGAGGAGGGGCCAGGUGAAGGUGGAAUACGAUGGGAAGGUGGAGCCUAAACACUGGGAGCCUCCUGAUUGGCGCAAGCAGCUGGGUCACGUGCGUCAGAUGAGGAGCGCCAGGGACGCGCCCGUUGACCUCAUGGGGGCGGAGAAAUGCUACGACGCACACGCCCCUGCUGAGGUGCGACGUUACCAGGUGCUGGUGUCUCUGAUGUUGUCUAGCCAGACAAGGGACCAGGUGACCAGUGCAGCUGUGCAGAGACUCAGGGCUCAUGGCUGUACGGUGGACAACAUAGUCAACACUGACGAUGACACACUGGGACAACUCAUCUACCCUGUCGGCUUCUGGAGGACCAAGGUGAAGUACCUGAAGCAGACGUCAGUGAUGCUCCAGAGGGAGUUUAGAGGGGACAUCCCUAACACAGUGGAGGGUCUGGUACGACUACCUGGAGUAGGACCCAAGAUGGCUCACCUGGCCAUGGACAUCGCCUGGCACCAGGUCUCUGGUAUAGGCGUGGACACACACGUCCACCGUAUCUCCAACAGGCUGGGAUGGACGAGAGGUGGGAUCAAGAACCCAGAGGAGACACGCAAGGCACUGGAAGACUGGUUACCAAGGGAUCUAUGGAGUGAGAUCAACUGGUUACUGGUGGGGUUUGGUCAACAGGUGUGUCUACCUGUCAAUCCUCUCUGCUCUGUGUGUCUGAACCAGCACAGCUGCCCCUCCGCCCACCAAGCCUCCCCAGCCAAGAGGCCUAAAGCUGGGUCACCUCGCUCCCCUAAGACCUCCAGGAUGAAGCUGGAGCCUGGUUCUUUUGGUUUGGGGUUAUCAGCCCCCUCCUCCUCAGCCACACUGGUCAAAGAGGAACCUCUGGCUACCCCCCUCUCCCCUCCUCUGCUGCCCAGAAAAAGGAAGUCCAAAACAUUCUCUACAUGAUACGACAGAAGGGGAUGGCAUCCCUAUAGAGACCUUGUCCCAAUUCUCUCUCCUUCCUCCCAAAGUGUACACUUGUCACUUCCCUUGACUGAUUUGAAAUGACUGGUCCAAGAAAUAUGGCAUUCAAACUUUCUUAGCGGGGACACAAUUUUUUCAGACAAUUUCUGUGGACCCCAUUUAUUUUGCCAGAAUUUCUUACGACCCCACCACAAAAUAACUACAAUCGAUACAUUUUUACAUUACAAAUUGGAUUUUUACAUAUCUUAUCAAAAUGAAAAGACACCAAUAAAUGUACUAAAUAAAAUUGU